CCUAUCUCAGACCAGAAAAUCUUCCAACCAAAGCCGUCCAGAAAAAGGAAAACCAGAGAAAAUGGAGAACUUUAAUGAAUCUGCUGCCGUCUCCACCGUGCCAUUCUUCUUUGAAGAUGGAGAGAACGAUGUUAGCAACUGGGUAAUCGUCAGCUCCUCUGAUACUGAGUCCGACGGUGUCAUUUCCCUCGAUGAUGACUUCGAUUCUUGGGAGGAGUCUUCUUCUUCUUGUUCUUCUUCUUCUUCCUCAAGGAACCGUCAAAGUCUUGGCUCGAUUGAGGAUCGCCACGGGGUUGAUCAAACUCUGGGUUUGGUUCAAGAUCUUGGUGGGGUUGAUCAAACUUUGGGGUCGAUUCAGGGUGUUGAUGAUUCGGUUGGGUUAAUCCAAGAUCUCGGUGAGGUUGAUGAAACACUUGGAGGAAUUCAAGGUCAUGGUAGUAGUUUUGAUCAGCACGAGACGUACUAUGAUGGUUAUGGGUAUCGAGAAGAGGAAGGAGAUGUGGAUGAGGAUUAUGAUGAGGGGGAUGAGGCAUAUGGGUUGGAUGACGAGUUGGUGCCGUGGGCGGUGAGUGGGAAAUUUGUGAGGCAGAGGAUGAGGAAGCUGGGGAAGAGGGCAUGUGCAAAGAUGCAUACUUCCAAGAGGUCGCCUCAUUUGUACGUGAAGCCUGGUUGUGUUCGUGGAAAGCAUGGGUUAGGGUUGAAGCACAAUUAUUGAGAGGUAUGCAAUUUGGGAAGAUUUGUGGAGGAAAUGGGUAAAUGGAUCUUAUCUUGAAAUUGGGAAUCUUUAUUUGGAAUUAGGUAUUAUUAGUGUGGCGGGCUUGCAUACUCAUGUUUUUAAUAAUUGUUCAUAUUACAAUUUCCAAGACCAUUUGACUUGAUGAAUGUUAAUAGAUCUAUUUAGAUUGCAAUUUCAAAUUCUCCAAAGAAUUUGCCUGUCAUAUUUAUCUUUUGUUUAAAGCCUUCUCUUCCAUGGGGUGCAUGCUUUGGAACUUAUUUGGUUGGUCAAAGAUCAAUUUGGAUGGGAAUAGGAUUUGUGAAAUUGCUUUGUAAAGACUAAUGCCGAACGAAGCUUUGUGUAAGGUUUUUAAUUCUCCUCCUGAUUUAUUAGUUUAGGAAAGCUUCUUAAAAAUGUUCUAUCAAUGUAUUACUUUUGGCUGUUUUGUUGUUUUUUGAACGAUACUGUUCACACUAAGAAUUUGGAAGCUGGGGAAGAGGGCAUGUGCAAAGAUGCAUACUUUCAAAAGGUCACCAUUGUUGUAUGUGAAGCUUGGUUGUGUUCAUGGAAAGCAUGGGUUAGUGUUGAAGCACAAUUAUUGAGAGGAAGGCAAUUUGGAGGAGAUUUGUGGAGAAAAUGGGUAAAUGGAUCUUUAUGUUGAAAUGGGUAUUCCUUGGAAUCUUUAUUUGGAAUUAGGUGUCUAACUAGUGUAGUAGACUUGCUUAGUCUUAUAUUGUCGUUAGUAAUUGUUCAUAUUACAAUCCCCAGGACAUCUAGCAUUUGACUUGAUGAAUGUUCAAUGUUAAUAGAUCUCUUUAGAUUGCAAUUUCUAAUUCUCCAAGGUUUACUUGUCAUAUUGAUCUUUGUAUGAAACCUUACUCUUCAAUGGGGUGCGUGCUUUGACCCUAGUUUGGCUGGUCAAAGAUCAAUCUGGAUAGGAGUGGGACUUGUGAAAUUGCCUUGUAAAUACUGAUGUCAAAUGAAUAUACUUUCCCAGU